CUGCCUCUCGUUGACUCGCUUUCCUUUCCUCCCCGCUGCCAGUAUAUGCACUCCCUCAACAACAAGUUUUGCGCAGCCAGUCAUUCCCUAAUCCAGGCAACUCGCAUUUCUUUCGCGCGGUUUUUAUUUUCGCCCUCACAUUUCUGGACUUGAUCUCUUUCACAGCACAAACCAAGUUGGGAGUUUUCUUUGGUCCCCAAGAUCCCACCACCAGUCGCUCCUUUCCUCUCUUGUCGUCGUAAUGAAGGCCUUCAAGAUUGUUCUGGUGGCGUUGCUAUUCCUGGUCAAUUUUGGCCAGGCGAGCAUGAGAGCCGCCCCAAGCGAACUGUUUUAUACGUACCUCGGCUUCCGUUUUGACUUCAUCGUGAACGGGGCGUCGCGCACGAUCGGACCGAAUCUGCCGAACGACGUGUUAUCCGACUUUGGAACCUUCGCCUCACGAAUGUACCCACACCUGGUCCUCCGAGAUCCGAUCUGGGCCAGCACAAGCCUGCAAUACAACCAGGCCACGCUGGACGCGAUCCUGCGCGACCUCAAAAGUGACAAGUACCUGCGUAGCGAGAUCAUACGGGAGGCACCGCCGGACCAUUCCUCCUUGCUUGAACAGGUCGGCAAAGUGGUCAUGUCCACGCGCGGCAGCACCGCUCCAGGCUUCUCCGAUACCUGGAACAGUCAGUUCCCCGAGUUCAAGCGGGCAUUGGCGGGGACGCUGGCAGCGCGGCAACAGGACAUGUUCCGGACGAGUCUCACCGAUCUUUUCCGAGCAAAGUUCCCGGGCAAGACCCUGGUCGGCUCGAAGUUUUUCGUCCUCGACACCGAUGUCGCGUUUAGCCGGCAGAACUGGGGCCUAACCGCCAGGGCCAACGGAGACAACAUCGGGACGCUCAAAACCUACAAGACCUGGUCCCUUGGCCUUCCAAAUCUCAAAGAUACCUCCGGCAUGGCCGACACAACGAAGAAUGCUCUUCAUUUUUACCAAGACCAUUACGGGUGGGCCGAGACUAUAGCGAGAACUUUGAGCGCGCUGGACAGUGUAGACAGCUGCAAGGCAAAGUAG